AUGUCAGGGAGCGGGAGUGCCGAAGCUGCUGGGGAGCAAAAUGGUGGGUCCCACAGCAUCAACAACUCUUUGCGUGUGGAGAGCCCAAACGUGGGCAACAAAGUGACAGUAGUGCUCGGAGCACAAUGGGGCGAUGAAGGGAAAGGAAAGGUUGUGGAUUUACUCGCCCAGGACGCUGACAUAGUUUGCAGAUGUCAGGGAGGGAACAACGCGGGACACACGGUUGUCGUGGACUCUGUGGAAUAUGACUUCCACCUUCUACCAAGUGGCAUUAUCAACCCCAAGGUCACGGCCUUUAUCGGUAAUGGUGUUGUCAUCCAUCUCCCUGGGCUUUUUGAGGAAGCUGAGAAGAAUACCCUUAAAGGAAAAGGUCUGGAGGGCUGGGAUAAGAGGCUCAUCAUCUCUGACCGUGCUCACAUCGUAUUUGAUUUCCAUCAAGCUGUUGAUGGAGUUCAGGAGCUGGAGAGGCAACAACAAGCUGGCAAAAACUUGGGCACAACGAAAAAAGGCAUCGGGCCCGUGUACUCAGCCAAAGCUGCCCGCAGCGGCCUCAGGAUAUGUGACCUUUUGUCUGACUUUCAGCAGUUCUCUGAAAGGUAUAAAGUCUUAGCCCAGCAGUACAAAUCUAUGUACCCGACCUUGGAGAUUGAUAUAGAUGGAGAGCUGGGAAAACUUAAGGCUUAUGGGGACAGGAUAAAGCCCAUGGUUAGAGAUGGUGUCUACUUCAUGUAUGAGGCACUUCAUGGAGCUCCUAAAAAGAUCCUGGUGGAAGGUGCCAAUGCUGCCCUGCUGGACAUUGACUUUGGGACGUACCCCUUCGUGACGUCGUCAAACUGCACCGUGGGAGGCGUGUGCACGGGUCUGGGCAUGCCGCCCCAGAACGUGGGCGAGGUGUACGGCGUGGUCAAGGCAUACACGACGCGCGUUGGCAUCGGAGCGUUCCCCUCUGAACAGACCAAUGAAAUAGGUGACCUCCUCCAGACACGAGGCAAGGAGGUGGGUGUGACCACUGGCCGCAAGAGAAGAUGUGGCUGGCUGGAUCUGGUGCUUGUCAAAUAUGCACAUAUGAUCAAUGGUUUCACUGCGAUUGCUCUUACCAAACUAGACAUCUUGGAUGUAUUCCCUGAGAUCAAGGUUGGGGUGGCAUACAAGGUGGACAAUGAAUCUAUACCAUAUUUCCCUGCAAACCAAGAGGUCUUGCAGAGGGUAGAGGUCCAAUAUGAAACUCUUCCUGGCUGGAACAGUGACACUUCUGCCGCAAGAACCUUCGACGAGCUUCCAGAAAAUGCUCAGAAGUAUGUCCGUUUCAUCGAGAACUACUUGGGAGUGCCUGUGAAGUGGAUUGGCGUUGGCAAGUCUCGGGAGUCUAUGAUUCAGCUCUUUUGAGGUGAAGAG